UAUAAAGCAAAUGCCACGGUACGUCCUUAUCUCUCCAUUGUCUUCUGAAAGUCGUACUCAACAAACGAAACGCUAUGCCUAACUUUUUCAACCCGCUCCACCAACCUGUCCCGCCGACCUUCCAAUCUCAAGACAGCGCUCUCUCGGACGCAUGUCCGACACUUGUCCCGCCUUUCCCAACGAACCUUCCUUAUCCCUCAUUCGUAAGACUCCCACAGUCACCGCCACAGAAGAUCACUGCCGUGCAACCGCGCGCGUUCCCUGCUCCACCGAUCAGGAUGGGUGUCCCCAUGCGGGAGCUGGUCGUUAGAUCAGGCUGUGCGCUCGAAAGAAUGCUUGUAGGUGCUGCUGAGCAUGUUGGGGCAACGAUGGGCAAGGCCUUGCGCGUGUGGCCGGGGUACGAACACGUCGACUGGAGCUCUUCUAUCGAACUGUUUACCUCUUCUGGUCCGCUGACGCGCGGACAGCUCGCCGUAGAAAUAUCCAAUGCAUUUCAUAGCUUCAUCAUGAAAUCAUCCACAUAUCCUCCCUCUCCCCUUGCGUACGAUUGGCGAACAAGUACGGGUGGUAUUAGCUUUGAUAGACUCAUUCUCCUUGCGUGUUGGAAUUUACAUGACGACGUGUGGAUGGCGGACGUGUUUGUGGACCGUCGGUAAACAAGCCGAUCGUUUCGCGACUUUCGCUUUGAUUUCUUCUUUCUUCUUUUCCUUUGUGUAGUUCUUUUGGUGUUACUUUAAAGCGACGUCUUUCUGUUAAUGUAGCUUUACACACGCUAUCCAAUCUACAUCUGCAAAACUACCCGAGGGCAUGAGCAGCAUAUGGAUGCCUCCGUUUGGAAGUGACUUGUUGUAAGGCUCCUUUCGCGUUCGGUAAAACAAUUGUUGGCCAAUGAGAGGGCCUGCUGAAGUACGAAAGAGUUG